AUCGAGUCCGAUGAUGCAAGUGGCAUUUUGCAUUUGCUUUUUGGCAACUUACUCUCGCCUGCCAUGAUGUAUGUUUUUGCGAGUUUUGAUACCAUGUCUGUCCAAAUGUCCCCAUUUUUGAUAGUCGAUGACAUACUGAAAGCAACUCGUGUUCUUUAACCUUUCAUGAGGACCAGAUUUGAAAGGAACAUCUUUGACCCUGCCCUACAAGAUGAAAGCAUGAGUGCAAAUUGCCACAUGGAUAGGCAAAUGCAUGAUCGAUCAUCGUAAUAAACAAUACACAAAACUAUGGUGCCAGUGCAAUACCUUCCAUGGCACGUGACUAUGCAAUGACAAACGAAGGACUACACGAUUGACUUGUAGGAGUUUGGGAAGCUCUUUUGGUUUUCUCAUCGGUGGGUUUCUUAGCGGCCUGGAGUUUGUCGCGCAUGGGCCCGUAGUCAGUACACCCCCCUAGUCCACUAUUAUUUGCGCGACACACCAUACAUGGUGCAUCCCAUUUCGCAGUCGUCGUCUGCCCACAAAGCGUGCUCCGUUUCCCAGGCGAUUCCCAUUCCGGCAACGACUCUCAAGCGGCCGGCAAACGAAGCACUUUCUCCUGAACCUCCAAAGCAUAGCCCACACGUUCCCCGUACUCCAACACCAAGCCAAGGUUUCCAAGAAUUUGCAAUAAAUUAUAACAGAGAUCCCGAGCUAGUUCCGUCAACUCCGUUCCACGCUGCCGGCCCGAUGGAGGUGGAUCUACCUACCAUAGCUGAGCAUUCUGAGAAGUCUCGACCAUCAUCGUCGGUAGUGAACGACGGAGAGCUGAAUAAUGGAGCUGUAAUGGCACAAAUUGGCAACUGGACUGGAGUUGCGACAGUGAACGACAUUUAUGACCCUGAGUCUGAAGCCUCACCAAAAAUCCCGCCAGUCUCAGCCUUCAACAGUAUAUCGGUUGUUCAGCCAAUGGAGCAGCCACCGCCCCCGUCAGAGCAAAACUCUUUGAGACUUGCUAUCCAAGAAAGCAUUAGAAAAAAGAGCGAGGGCAUAUAUUUCCUGCUUGCAAUACCAUGGUUUCGAAAUUGGAGCGAAUACGUAGUGUCAUCCGAGUCUGACAAAGGCAGAUCCCUCGACGAGCCUCCAGGCCCAAUCAAUAACUCUACCCUCUUUACCACUAAAACGUGCACUCAAAUCCAAGAUAACCUUCGAGAAUCGGUGGACUUUGUUGCUGUAUCAGAAGAUAUCUGGCGGCUCUUGUUGAGAUGGUACGGGAUGGUGCACGAAAGGCAUGCAAUUCAACGGCGUACCUUUAAAGAACCCAAGUCACUCGAAUCGAAAUGGGUUUUAGACGUAUAUCCUCAUCAGCUCGAAAUUGUCCAUAUUAACGCAUCCAAAGACCGAUCUGAGAUCAAACGAUGUGCUCUUUUCCGUGGUGAGACGUUAUCUGAAGCGCUGCAGCAAAUAUGCAAACCGCUGCAAGUUGAGACUUCAAACGCACGAUUAUGGUUAAUCGCAAAGAAAGGAAGAGUACUUGUAACUGAUUUAGACAAGACUCUUGGGGAGCUAAAUGUGGAUCGAGUGCAGCGUGCAGAGUUGGAAACAAAGGAACCCGGGACUCCUUGGCAGGUUAACGGCGCGGAUGACGCGCAUGCGAGGGCGGAUACGAAUGCGCUUAGAGCUGAUGCAGACAAAAGCGAUGGUAAUAAAGAGCAAUCUGCGACCGGAGACAAGUCCAGGGCAGAGAUUCAUGAAAGCGGACUUCUUCCGGAGCUCGCAGAUCCUGUGGACACCAGAGAUGCCCUGUCCCCUAUCUCCAUACCCAUAAAAGCCGAGACAAAACGGGAACGGUUAAUGAGGAGGUUGAAUAAUCCCUUGGCGGAGGACGAAGGGAAAGAUGAAGCCGAUAAAAAGCCUCUUAUGCUAGGGUAUCAACCUUUGUCACCAGUCUCACGUGAAGAUCCAGCACCACAAACAAAGACGACAUCCCACGUGGCGAUAUCGGGGUUCAGUCUGACUCGUGCCAGAACAAGACUGCCCGUGGGAGCAACGGGUCUCAGCAACCUCGGAAAUACGUGCUUUAUGAACUCUGCAUUGCAGUGUUUAAGCAACACGCCGCCUCUCACAAAGUAUUUUCUGAAAGGGCUGUGGGAAAAGGAGCUAAACCGAGACAAUCCCCUCGGAAUGAAGGGAGAAGUAGCAGCUGCAUAUGCCGAUCUUAUCCUCCAAUUAUGGCGCCCUGAUCCGGAUCGACCUGGUAGCUUUGCUCCACGCGGUUUUAAAAGCACGAUCGGCCGGUUCAAUCCAAUGUUUUCGGGUUACUCGCAGCAAGACUCUCAAGAGCUUCUUGGCUUCUUGGUUGAUGGCUUGCACGAGGACCUGAAUCGUAUUUUAAAAAAGCCGUAUAUUGAAGCUCCCGAUAUGGAUGGGCAGCCUGAGGAAGCGAUCGCAGCAAAGGCUUGGGAAAUAUAUAGUCUGCGGAAUGACUCCGUCAUCGUUGACCUCUUCCAGGGCCAGUACAAAAGUCGCGUUGAAUGUACCGUCUGCGGCAAGUGGUCAGUAACUUUCGACCCGUACAUGUUUUUAUCGGUCCCAAUUCCAGAUCAUCGACAAAUCAUAUUAUCGGUACGGACGAUGCCGCAACCGGGGAUUGGAAAGAGCAUUGAGGAUGAUAUUCCUCGGGUCUUGCAUCUAAUUUUACCAAAGGAUGCGACGAUUGCGACACUUAAGGAGCUGGUCAUACGCCGAAUGGGUUGGAACGAUCCGGACCGCGGUACAACUGGAGUGUAUGCGGUGGAGAUCUACCAGGGCAAAAUCUUCAAAAUCUUUGAAGAUACAGAACCCGUAACCUCUAUUGGUACCCAGGAUGAGGUUUAUGUGGUGGAAUUGGGAGCUCCUGACUGGGAUCUUUUCGAAGUUCCCCACGCGGAGAGGACUGUGGCGAACAUCAGACACAUCCCCGUUUAUUUUACACGUGAGCCUACACAUAUGUCACGUUCUGAUCGGGAGCAAUUUGGAAUUCCCUUGAUAGUAUCCGUCCCAGCUACAAUGCGAACAAUCAUCACACCAAACCGUUGUGGAGGACUAGAACAACAAGAAGUUGAUGAACUUUUAGACGCUAUUUCGAGUGAACGUCUUUAUCGGGCAGUACUGAGGACUUUGCGAAGGUAUACGAGAUUUCCACUGUUUCUCCAGCAAGGAUCGAUGCGCAUCCAAGAUGUAUAUGAGAAACUUCAAGAAUUACAGCAAAUGCGCCGAAUAGAGGGAAAAGAGUCCUUCAUGAACGACUUCAGGUGCAUUCCUGAUGAAUACCCGGAAUCCUUCGAUUCUUGUGCCAGUGACGUGUUACUUGAUUUUGAGAACUCAAUUCGCUUUGUCGAGAGUAGUCCCAAUGUUAAAUGUGAGCCCAUCAAAGAUCUCUUCGUCCUGUCCGUUUCCCAAGCUGCACAACGUUACUCCCCGCCCGUGAUAGACUUUUAUCAGAGCGGGUGGAACAGUUACCAAUCAGAAAGAACUUUACUAUAUGAUGGGGAAGAGCUGUACAAGAAGGAGCAACAGCAAAAGCAGAAUGAUGACGAAGACUCGACAGAUGCAGAUGAUGAGGCAUCCGAUUCGGAUCCGAUGCAGACACAUUCAUAUGUUCGCCGUCCUCGAUCUCUCUCGAGAGGGCAUCAAGCCAUACGGAGAACUGGAGGAACCUCUGCGAGUGACUCAGACGACGACGAUAAACUGCGCUUGAGUUCCAUUCGCUCAUUCAAAGCGGAAGCGGUACUGUUCAUGGAGUGGAGAACCACGGUGUCCCGUUACGUAUUGCGGGAGGACGCGUUCACGACGCGCGAAGAUCCGGGCAAUGAAGCGGUGCGUGCUGAGUGGGAAGCGAAGCGUAACGGACCAAGGAAAGUAAUUACCCUGCAAGACUGUUUUGAUGAAUAUCGGAAAGAAGAGGUGCUUGGAGAUGACAACAGUUGGUAUUGCCCUCAAUGUAAAGAGCAUCGACCGACAAAGAAAAAGCUUGAUAUCUGGACUGUACCAGAGAUUCUAGUAUUUCAUCUGAAACGCUUUUCCAAUGCCGGGCGCGGAUACCGUAGUAUGAUGAGCGAUAAAAUAGACUCAUAUGUAGACGCGCCUAUACAAGGUCUUGACCUCACCAAGGUGGUGGUUGGCAAACAGCCUGCCCGCAAAUGGCGGUCACGUGGAUCGUUGCCAGAAGAGAACAAGGAAAAGCCCGCAGAAACCGCGAGGGCUCAACAUGUCGAGGUGGGUUCAGGUGGAAGCGCCCUGACAAGCGACGGCGUGUUUGCGGACGAAAUGGACGUAGGGGAACCCAGUGUCAAUCUGGCGCAAUCGGCAGCUGAAGCCUCUGCAGUGCGAUCAGAAAAGUUUGAUGACUCCUUACGGGCUUCGGCAUCGUCGGAACUGGAUCGCAUGGAGGUGUCUGAACGUGUCGAUUCAGAAACUAUCGAUACAUCAUUAGACAAGCCCCUGGUCGAUGCAGAUGACGAGGAGUUAGAAGCUGCGUAUCAAGAUGCGAAAACCCGGACGCCCAAACCGGAGGAGGCAGAGGGGACAGGCGCACCCUGCGACGAAGAACGCGAAGGGAUCGGAUAUUUGUAUGAACCCGCUACGGAUUCUGACGAUGAGGAGUCUCUCGUCUACGAUUUGUUCGCGGUGUCAAAUCACUAUGGGGGGCUGGGAGGUGGACACUAUACUGCCUACGCCAAAAAUGCUUUGGAUUCGCAAUGGUACCAUUUCGAUGACAGUCAUGUCAGCAAAACUGACGAAUCCGAUGUUAUGACGUCUGCGGCGUACCUCCUCUUCUAUCAACGCCGACACAAAGGCAACAAAACGGAUCUUACCAAAGUUCUGGAAGAAGUUCAAAAACGCGCCGCUGCGGCGGAAGCAGCCGCAGCCGCCGCCAGAGCCGAACAAUCUUCGUUGAGCUCUUUUUUACGUACGCCUUCCGCUCCAUUUCCUAUGCCGCUGGGCACCCACUUAUCACAGCCGUCUGGAACGGGCUUGGUCUCGCCGAUUACUACAUCAGCCGAAACGACGCGCAACAAUUCGCCUCAGGUGUCACCCGCCGGGUCGCUGGGUGGCUCGGCUAUUAGUAGUGAUAAUGAAGAGUCCGAGACGGUUAAUCGGGAGCGGAAGGCGAGAACAACACCGGGUGUGUACCUUGAUCACGGCCCAUGUCUUCCAUCUUCAGAGCGUACGCCUUUUGGUCCAAUCCGGGAGUCAAGCCCUGCGGCUUCUUUUUCUGUGGGUUUUGACUGGGGCCAGCGACAAUCUUCUGUGAAUGACGGAGGAGAUACGUUUUUAGACGCAAGAGGGUCCCGGUCGCCCACUGAGCACGGCUGGGGAUGGCCAUCACCAGACGCCAGGCCCUCUUUUGGGUGGAGCGAUAACGCCCUGGAACAAGAUGAGACAGAUGCGUCUUAUCAGACACUGCCAUUGAUGGAUGCAGAGGCUGACAGACUAGAGGCAACAGAUGUUGAGAUUGAGGAUUUGGUUUCUGAUGAGGCUGACGAGUCUAGAAAGCCACAGACUGUGAAUGGGGAUGCGAACGGUCAAGAUGCAGAGGUUAAUGGGGGCUACGAACAAGAGGAGCAGUCAAGGGGAACCGAAGGAGGCGAAAGCAAUUUAAAAACAUCGUUACAGCACGUUGAGUAUGAUAAUCCCGGCACUAUAUCACAGGCGGCAAGUGGUGACGAAUAAGAGCGUGAAUGAAUGUAUUUAGAGAUGUGUGCCAUUAGCAUUAUACAUAGUGUGGAGGUGAUUGAAAAUGGCACUAGAACUCAUUAUUAUCCGGAUUAAUCCGGUCAGUCAUAUCGCAUAAUCAGAACCCCCUCUAUCG